AUGUCCCACUCUCUCCCCCCGCUGUCGUCCUUGACGCGAAUACCACAAAAACAGUCCUCGAUGUCGAGAACAGUGUUGCCGCCGCUUGAAACGAUGACGGGCUACCGCAGGGCCCAUGCGAUCCUCUCUUCGUCCCCGCCCCGGUCGUCCUCCCCCCCUGGUACUCCAUAUUCCUCGCGACAUUCCCACCAUCACCCCUACAUUCAGUCGAGCCCAACGCUGGGUAGCGGUAUCGAGUUGGCACCCCUACAGUACCGCUCAGAUGAUCCGCCGUCCCUUUGGAUCCAACACGAAAGUCAGCUACCCGUCUCACCCAAGCAGCCCCAAUAUGCCUCAUUCGCCCGGCCAAAAUACGCAUUUGAGGACGAGACCGACCUGCCGCCAUCCUCCGAGUUCGACAUUGGGGACCCGAGAGACGACGCAGAAAUGAGUCUUCCGGAAAUGGACUCGGAAACCACAAGUGAAAGCACUCCAGGUCACGGGUCCACGUAUUUCUCAGACAGCGAAGAAGAAGGGGUCACGCAUGAUGGAGAGGGCGAUGAUGGGUUCGGGUACGGAAAUGGUGGAUUUCGAGCGACCUUUUUUCGGGUGUCUGCAGAACGCGGGCAAUGGAAGGACGAUCCACUGGCAUUGAAAGCAACGACCACCGCUGGCCUGCCAAGAAUCCCAUUGCGACAAUCCAUGCCUACUCUAUCUCGUCCUUCGUCAGUGGAACCAUCGGUUACGGCACGGCCUAUCUCGGAACCUGUGGAAUCUUCCAAACCUCCAGAAGCCUGUUUGCAAGUUCCGGGUGACCAAGAUCGUGUUGAUAAUGGUCUCGAGGUGACAGCGGAGAAAGAACCCUCCCCCGCACUUUUGGAUGGACCGCUAUCCAGACUUACAUCUCCCGCACCUAGUGCCAAAGAACUCACCCCAGAGUGCGACGGAAAUGGACGUUACUCCUCUCCCCUCCCACCCUCCUCUCCACCUUUGUCCCCGAUGUCAGGCUGCCUCCCGUCCCUGUCCAGAUCAGUCUCGCCUUUGUCCUUUGCGCCAUCUUCGCCGAUGUCGAUGCCUCCGUUGUCUCCUAGGAUCGAACCACCACCUCUGUCGCUUGAAGAGCCUCCCACUCAUGACGCCAACCUUGAUGUCAGUUCAAGCCCAGUGCAUGAAGCUCAAGUAUCUUUGACUGAUGACGCAAUUUCCUCCGACCCCAUCGACAAGACGUCAUCGCUCGAACUGGAAACGCCGUCUAAAGACUUGACAUCCCCCGGUCUUCCCAAGCCCCAGCACGCCGUCGCCGAACCACAGUCAUCACCACCACCGCCCAGCUCUGCAGAAGCUGCACGCUCCAGUACAGACCCAGUAUCCCCGUCAGUCGAGCUACAAGGCGCCGGAAAGCAACGAUCGGCCACCCCAGAACCUUCAGCUUCAUCGUCCAAGCAGAAAUCGAAGAGCAAGAGCGGCCUCAAGAGUUCGCAAACGCAGUCGGACAACGAUGCUUCCACUAAAUCAAAGUCAUUAAAGCGAAAACAGCCUCAAGCUGCUUCACAAGCUCCGUCAAAGAAACAGCGGGUUGCGUCUGAGCCUGCUUCGACAUCGGAAGCUAACCGUUCACAGAAGACGAAGAAGUUGGCGAAAACCCCUCAGGCCGACGACGAUGAUGCCAUGGCGGAGGAUGAGCUGCCUCAAGCGGGACCAUCGAAGACCAAGGCCAGAAAGAAACAGACGAGACGGUCACGAGCGCCCCAGUUUUUGCAUGAUUCGCCGCAGAAGGUCGACCCUGCUGAUGGACCGGCUGAGCCAUUUGAUGAGGAGCUGAAGGGCAUGCUUAUCGAGUGUAUGGCGACGUCGCGGGCAUCUUCUAUGGCCGUGUCUGUCCUUUGCAGGACUGUGCUUCAGACCCAUCCGUACCUUAAGGAGCAGAAGACGGAGAAGGAGUGGAGGAAGGUCGUGAACCGCAUCCUUUAUACUGGUAUGGCGCCGAGAGGGAGCGGUGUAUUUGGAAAGGUCGACAGCAGUGGAAAGGAUGAUUCCGAUCGACCUUUGGAGGCUCAGUGGUUCUAUGUUCCCGAAAUGGAUGAGGACCAGGAUCGUGCAGCGCUAAUUCGCAGCAUGAUGCCCCGGCCUGCAAAACGCAGCGAAACCAAGAAGUACAAGCAGUACUAUUGGCGACCUCUUGACAAGAUCUCGCGUUGGGAUCCGGAAGAUGACCUGUAA